CACGUUUUUCAAUCAAUUUCUUUAGUUUAAUUGGGUUAGGUCCACUUACACAUGAUUUGAGGCAAUUUUUAGAUUCUACAGUAUCCACUAAAAAAGAAGAAAAAAUAUGAUAAAAGCAGAAUGUCUCGCCGGCGUUAUCCAAAGACCGAUGCUGAUUUUACUGAUAGUAAAAAGGAAAAACAAAAGGCUGUCAAAAAAGUCGAUAGUAAUACUCCAACAAUUGCAAUUGCUCCGUCUGAUUACGAACAUCUCUACGCUGCUGAGGAUCAAAAAAAUGAAAGUCGAGGUAAAAAUGUUCAACAAAAUGUGGUUAAGAGAUAUGAUAGCAAUACUCCAACAGUUGCUAUUGCUCCAUCGGACUAUGAGCAUCUCUACACUACUGCUGAUGAUAGGAAAACAAUUGACAGCACAAGAAAAUAUACUCAACAAAGUGAGGUUAAAAGGGUGAAAAGUAACACACCAACAAUUGCAAUUGCCCCAUCUGAUUACGAACAUCUCUACACGACUGAUGAUAGAAAAAAUGAAAGUCGAGGUAAAAAUGUUCAACAAAAUGUGGUUAAGAGAUAUGAUAGCAAUACUCCAACAGUUGCUAUUGCUCCAUCGGACUAUGAGCAUCUCUACACUACUGCUGAUGAUCGGAAAACAAUUGACAGCACAAGAAAAUACACUCAACAAAGUGAGGUCAAAAGGAUGAAAAGUAUCACUACAAUAAAUACUGAUGACCGUGAAAGCCGUUCAAGUCGGGGUAAAAAUGUUCAGCAAAGUGGUGUUAAGAGAUAUGAUAGCAAUACGCCAACAAUAGCAAUCGCUCCAUCUGACUAUGAGCAUCUCUACACUACCGAUCGAAAAAUGAAUGAAAGCACACGAAAGAAUACAGAACAAAGUGAGGUUAAAAGGGUAGACAGUUAUGCUCCAAUUAAUACGGCUGAUGAUCGUGAUAACCGUGAAAGUCGGGAUAAAAGGAUUCAGCAAAAUGUGGUUAAGAGAUAUGAUAGCAAUACUCCGACGGUUGCAAUUGCUCCAUCGGACUACGAGCAUCUCUACACUACUGCUGAUGAUCGACCAACGAAAGAUGUCUCAAGAAAAAAUAUAGAACAAAGUGAGGUUAAAAGGGGAAAAAGUACUACACCAACUAUUGCAAUUGCCCCAUCUGACUAUAAGCAUAUCUACGCUGCUGAUGAUAAAAAGAACCGUGAAAGUCGAAGUAGAAGUACUCAACAAAAUGUUGUUAAGAGAUAUGAUAGCAAUACUCCGACAGUUGCUAUUGCUCCAUCGGACUAUCAGCACCUCUACGCUGCUGAAGAUCAGAAAAUGAAUGAGAGCUCAAGAAAAAAUACUCAACAGAAGGGUGUUAAAAAAGUCGAUAGUAAUACGCCAACAAUAGCAAUUGCUCCUUCUGAUUACGAACAUCUUUACGCUGCUGAUGAUAAAAAAACUCCUGAAAAUAGAAGUAAAAAUGUUCAACAAAAAGGUGUUAAAAAAGUCGAUAGUAAUACGCCAACAAUAGCAAUUGCCCCAUCUGAUUACGAACAUCUCUAUACGACUGAUGAUAAGAACCGUGCAAGCCGAGGUAAAAAUGUGCAACAAAAUGUGGUUAAGAAAGUUGAUAGCAAUACUCCGACAGUUGCUAUUGCUCCAUCGGACUAUCAACAUCUUUACGCAGCGGAUGAUCGGAAAAAAACUGACAGCCCAAGAAAAUACACUCAACAAACUGAGGUUAAAAAGAUGAAAAGUAAUACGCCAACAAUAGCAAUUGCCCCUUCUGAUUACGAGCAUAUUUACGCUGCCAAAGAUCAAAAGACACCUCAAAUUAAUAUUGAAACUCCUCCAAAACUCGUACAACCAAAUGUAGCUGAAACCCAACAAUCAAGGCAUGGAAUCUCAGAAGAAAUAAUUGAUUUCGUCAAUGCAUUUAUUCAGCGUCAACCUCGUAAAUAUUAUAUCAAACGCAAAACAUUCGACAAUAAACCUUGAUUUCAAACUUA